UCGUCCCUAAUUUCCUGUUGUCUCGUGAAACAUGGCUGCUCUCACAUGUAAACAUGCGACUUAUUGUAGCAGUUGAUGAUUCUCCUAUAAAACCUUGUAAUAACGUUUGUUUGGUUCGUGAGUUGUACUUGUAAUAUCGAGUUGUUGACAGCAGCUUCCAGAGUUGACGUUUUUCCUUCGUUAGUUAGCAGUUAGCUAGCUGUCAACAGAGAAGCAUGCCAGUGCAGACGCUGUACGUCGCUUCUUUGCCUGAUUCAGCCACGAACGAGCGCCUUGAAGAAAUCUUCUCCGAAAUCGGCCCGAUAAAACAAUGCUUCGUGGUCAGAGAAAAGGGCUCAGACAAAUGCCGAGGCUUUGGCUAUGUCACAUAUUCCAUGGAAGAAGAUGCCCAACGAGCCAUAAAGGAGAUAAAAGAUUAUGAUGGCAAAAGGCUCUCUGUGAUGGUGGCGAAGAGGAAAAUCAGAGACAAAAAGAAAUCAGAUAAAGAAGCACCUAAAGAAGCUGAGCAGAAUCCCAAAGACCUCAGAAAAAAACGAUCCAAGAAAUCCAGACUAAUCAUCAGGAAUCUCAGUUUCAAGUGCACAGAAGAUGAUCUUAAAGAACUAUUUGGAAAGUUUGGAACAGUGGUUGAAGCCACCAUUCCCCUCAAACCUGAUGGGAAAAUGCGUGGAUUUGCAUUUGUUCAGUUGAAGACCGUUUUUAGUGCCCAAAAGGCGCUUCAAGCUAUGAACCUAAAGGAGAUCAAAGGUCGACCGGUAGCUGUAGACUGGGCUGUGCCAAAAGAAAAAUAUGUCACAGCACAGCAGUCCUCAAGUUCAGGCAAAACCGCUUCAAAAGAAGCUCAAGCAGAAAGUGACUCAGAAGAUGGUGAGGAAGAUGUGAAGCAAGCUCCACCUGAGGAGAAAAGAGCUGGGUUUAAAGCAGCCCUGCAGCAAGAGGAGGCUCAGGAAAGUGAUGAAGAUGAUGACGAUGAGGAGCAAGAGAGUGAAAGCGAUGAUGAUGAAGAUGAAAGUGAAACUCACAAUGAAGAUGAUGAUGAGGAGCGUAAUAGUGAGGAUGAAGAUUGUGGGGAUAGCCUUGAUUCAAAUGAUGAUUUUGAUGAGAGUGAAGAUGAAGAAGAAAAUGAAGAAUCUCAGUCAGCUCGACAGAAAAAGUCUAAAAAACUUCUGCCUUCAGACGUGAAAGAUGGUCGAACGCUUUUCAUCAGGAACUUGUCCUUUGACACGGAUGAAGAAGGUCUUGAGGAAGUUCUCCUUCGGUUCGGAGAGCUGAACUACGUAAAGAUCGUUCUCCACCCAGAUACAGAACAUUCAAAAGGUUGUGCGUUUGCUCAGUUUAAGUCUAAAGAAGCUGCAGAUGGUUGCAUCGCUGCAGCACAGGAUGAAGCGGAGAAGGGUGGCAUUCGUGUGAACGGCAGAAAGCUGUUGAUCGUCACAGCCGUGAGCAGAGACGACGCCACGAAGCUGAAGGUGGAUCAGAAGAAAGUACAGACGGGCAGCAGGAACCUGUACCUGGCCCGAGAGGGAUUGAUCCGUGCUGGAACCAAGGCAGCAGAGGGCGUAUCUGAGUUAGACAUGAUUAAAAGAACCAGAUUUGAGGAAGUAAAGAGGGCUAAGCUUCGGGACAUUAACGUGUUUGUGUCGAAGACUCGUCUGUGCAUCCAUAACCUGCCCAAGUCGGUGGACAAUAAAAAACUCAAAGCGCUCUGCCUCCAAGCUCUGAAAGGUGUCAAAGGAGCGUGGAUCACAGAGUGCCGAGUCAUGUACGACAAGAAGCCAGAGAAGGGUCAGGUGACGGGACAGUCGUUAGGCUACGGGUUUGUUCAGUUCCGGGACCAUGAGCAGGCUCUGAGCACUCUGCGCUACCUGAACAACAACCCUAAUAUCUUUGGCCCUCAAAAGAGACCAAUUGUUGAGUUUUCCCUGGAGGAUUCAAGGAAGCUCAAACUCAAAGAUAUCCGAAAACAAAAACAGAAGGAUUUCCUAAAAACUCGGUCUCUUAAGGGGGAAACAAAGAAGUCCCAAAUAUCUGCAGAGGUCAAAACACAAACAAAAGGUGGAAAUAAAGCACAGUCAGAGCACACAGAAGAAGAGAAACAAAUGAAAAAGUUUUCAGGUUUUCAGACCAAACCUGAGGUCGAGCAUGUGGAUUUACAAAAUGGAAAGAAGCGCAGGAGGGUUCUGCCUUUUCCUUCUCACCGGGGACCAAAGAUCAGAAAACGUGACAAAGACAGGAAACAGGCCCCACCUGCUAAGAGUCCAAAGCCUGGAGCUAAAAAGAACAAACAACCAAGACAACAAACAGAAAAGCCGAAGCAACCCAGAAACCAGGUCAAAGCUGCUAGGAAGCAGUUUAAGAGGAGGGAUGGAGACCGUUUUGAGUCUCUGGUGGAGCAGUACAAAAAGAAACUGAUGGGCAGCAGCAGCCAAAACAACACAGUUAAAAGAAACAAGUGGUUUGAUAACUAAAUACCAGAGUUUGAGUGAGAAUAGUGGUCUGUAACUUUAAGAUUUAACAACACAAAACCGCUUUUAUGUGAUAAACUGUACAGGAAGUUAUCUCCAUAUGUUAUGUUUCAUUCAGAUCUUUUCAGUGAUUUUUAAAGCAGUGUCAGUGUUUUACCCGUCACUGCAACAAGUAGAUCGUGUAAAAAUGAGUUUUUGUGUACAUGUCUUUUUAAAAUAUAUAUAAAUGAGAAAAAAAAGUCA